AUGUCCGAAUUCCUCGGAUCUCGCAUAUCUCUCAUCUCCAAAAGCGACAUUCGCUACUCUGGCGUGUUGCACGAGAUCAACUCCGAGGAGUCGACAGUGUCCCUCGAGAAUGUGAGAUCCUACGGCACUGAAGGGCGGAGGGGUAAGCCCGACGAAGAACUCCCGCCGUCCGAUCAAGUCUACGAAUACAUCGUAUUUCGAGGCAGUGAUGUGAAGGACUUGCGCAUCGAGGAAGGCCCUGCUGCCAAGGAAAACAAGCCUCCUGCUGUCCCCGACGAUCCUGCAAUCGUAGGCGCUCGUGCCCGAGCUACCGGCCCUAGUGCUGCUACUCCCGGACCGAAUCACCCUCAAGGCGCUCCUGGUGCUCCUGGUUUCAACCAGCCACCUUUCCCACAGUCGAACUUCUACCCUCCGGGCCCUGGCGGACCAUGGGGACGCGGUGGUGGGCCUGGACCAGGGCCAGACCCAAGAUUCGGCGGCAUGCCUUACCCUCCACCACCUGGUUGGUUUCCGCCUGGGCAAGGCUUCCCGCCUGGCGCACCAGGUCCAUGGAAUAACUUUGGAUAUCCUCCUGGACCACAUGGUCACCCUGGUGCCCCAAAUGCUCCUGGUGGACUCGGUGGACUCGGUGGACCUGGCGCUCCUGGCCAAGGCAUGAGAGGAACACCACAACAAGAUAUGAAGCCCACUCCCAUCGGUGCUGGCGCUGCGCCCGGCAGUGAUAAGCCCCGAUCAGCCGGUACUCCUGCUCAGGCCGAGCAAUCUGCUGAGCUGCAACCUUUCGCGCAACCUCCAGUUCAGCAGCCUUCUUCUGCACACGCUCCUACCCCGCCUGUGGCCCCUGUGGAAUCAAAGCCAUCUGUAGAGGAGGUCAAGGCUACAUCUCAGUCGCUCUCCAACAACACACCUGCCAAGGCUCCUCAGCAGCCCAGGAACAUGCCUACCGGUCCCAGAAGCAACCGCGUAACACCUGCAGUGCCCGUAAUCCCUGCUAUUUUAUCUAGGCCGGCACCAGCACAACAGCCUCAAGUCACUGCCGCCGCGGCAGCGGUUAAGCCUGUAGCAACAGAAUCCCCCAAUGGGCCUGUCUCAGCUGCAACAAUAAGGGAUGCGACUCAGCAAGCCAAAGCAGCUGUUGCUGUUGCUAUGGCCAAGUUGGACGCCACUGCAUCUGGAGUGUCUGCUCCACCCGGCAAUGGUACUGGAAGCGCCAUGGAUAACUUGACUAAGAAGGUUAAUGAGAUGAGAGUCAAUGCUGCCAGGACUGGUCCAAGUAAUCGCGGCCGUGGUCGAGGCAACCGGGCCGGAGGACCGGCUAAGGUUGAUGUUCCUGAUUCCGAUUUCGACUUUCAAGGGGCGAACGCCAAGUUUAACAAGCAAGAUCUCGUUAAGGAAGCCAUUGCUGGUUCUCCUCUGGGCGAAGCUCCAAAUGGUGCCCCAUCGGAACCCCAAGACUUGGUCGAUCCUGCCCAGCCACCUCAGGCUUACAACAAGACGAAAUCUUUCUUCGAUAACAUUUCGAGCGAGGCUAAGGAUCGUGCUGAUAGUGGUGGUCAGAAGCCAGGUGGUCGUGAAUGGCGCGGCGAGGAGCAACGCAAGAACAUGGAAACCUUUGGUCAAGGAAGUGUCGAUGGUGGAUAUCGGCCAAACUAUCGAGGAAGAGGUCGUGGCCGGGGUCGGGGAGGCCGCGGGUAUGGUCAGACCCGUGGCGGAGGCUUCCGACCGAGAGGAGACUCACAAGGCGUUCCUCAGUAG